AUGGAACUUCGAAUAACACGUUUAACGACCCUUUGGCCUUCAAUCCAUCAUUUUCAGGUCAUUUUGUUAUUCUAUACAAGUUUACUAUGCUUGCAACCACCUACCGAUUGUCUCAGGAAUUUGGGAAAUGAAACUGAUCGACUUGCACUCCUGGAAUUCAAAUCCAAGAUAGGCAAUGAUCCACAUGACGUCUUCAGCUCCUGGAAUGAUUCUGUCAACUUCUGCAAAUGGCAGGGGAUUACUUGCGGCCGAAAACACCACAGAGUUACAUCUCUAAACCUGUACGGGCUGAGCUUGUCUGGAACCAUUUCUCCGUUUAUAGGGAACCUCACCUUCUUAAGGUUCCUCAAUCUUCGCAACAACAGCUUCCAUGGUGAAAUUCCUCAAGAAGUUGGCCGCUUGUCCCGACUGAGACACCUCAACCUGACAGAUAACAGAUUGGGAGGUGAAAUUCCACUUAACAUCACCUACUGCUCAGAGCUCCGAAUCCUGAUAUUGGCUAGAAAUAGAUUUGUGGGUAAAAUUCUCGAUGAACUUGGCUCUUUGAAAAAGCUUGUGUCACUUGACCUCUACGGAAAUAAUCUCACAGGGGAGAUCCCACAUUCAUUUGGAAACCUUUCGUCCUUUAAACAUUUAUCUGUAGCUGUCAAUAAUCUGGCUGGAAAUAUUCCAAACAAGUUGGGGCAAUUGACAGGCUUAACUUUCUUCUCGGUUGGAGUAAAUAAUCUAAUAGGUACAAUCCCUGUCGCCCUGUACAAUAUCUCAUCUAUCAAUGUCCUUUCGGUGCCAGAUAAUCAGUUGAAAGGGAGUCUUCCAGCGAACAUAGGCCUCACUCUUCGAAAUCUGCAAGAUUUCUACAUUGGUGGAAACCAGUUUUAUGGAACUAUUCCAAGUUCAUUCACCAAUGCUUCUCUGCUUGAAAUAUUUGACAUCUCUGGCAACUUUUUCACAGGACAAGUUCCAAAAAAUUUUGGAGAUUUAAGGGAUCUGCAGCAGGUGAAUUUCGAAUUCAAUUUUCUGGGCAGUGACACAAGUAAAGAUUUGAGUUUUAUAACAUCUUUGUCAAAUUGCAGCAAUCUAGAAAUUCUAUCUUUUGCUAAAAAUAAUUUUGGCGGUGUAUUACCUGCAGCCCUAGCCAAUUUGUCAACCAAACUGAGCCUAUUAGGGGCUGGAGGCAAUCGAAUAUCUGGAAGACUUCCAUCGGAGGUUGGGAAUCUGGUGAAUUUGUAUGCAUUAGGCUUGGAGGAAAACCAUUUUUCUGGUACCAUACCAAUUUCUUUUGGGAAGCUUAGAAAGUUGCAAAAACUGUAUUUGCAUACAAACCUAUUAUCUGGACAAAUCCCGCCAUCCUUAGGCAACCUCAGCCAGCUAUAUGAACUACAUUUAGGUGAAAACAAAUUACAAGGAAACAUAACAAGUAGUAUUGCAAACUGCCAAAACCUGCAAGCUCUAGAUAUUUCAAACAAUUUCCUUAUUGGCUUCAUACCCCCGGAGAUCAUUGGUCUUUCCUCUUUAUCAACAAUUCUCAACUUAUCACACAAUACAUUGACAGGUCCCCUACCCCAAGAAAUCCAUAAACUGAAAAAUAUUAAUGCGCUGGACGUGUCACAAAACAAACUGUAUGGGGAAAUUCCUGAGACAAUAGGGGAUUGCUUGAUGCUGGAAAACCUUAACAUGCAGGGCAACUUUCUCCAAGGAUCAAUUCCCUCAACCUUGGCUUCAUUGAGAGGUCUCCAACAUCUAGACCUAUCAAGAAACAAUUUGUCCGGAAACAUUCCGAAGGAGCUACAGAAGCUCCCUUUUUUGAUUUAUGUGAAUCUUUCCUUCAAUAAUCUUGAGGUUGAAGUACGAAGAUAUGGAGUGUUCAGCAAUACAACGGCAGUUUCACUUGUUGGAAACAAAAAUCUUUGUGGAGAUAUCCCAUAUAGAGGAAGUCUUGAUCUACAUGGUGAAAGGAUAGUUCUUUGUGAAGGUACUCAACCUUCAUCAACAUGGAGCAUCCAAAAGCUUCAUUCUUUGUCUGCGAGCAUUGCGGAACAUCGUGCACCAAAUCGUCAUGUAUAUAAUAAGAAUGGAAUUGCGCGUGUUUGCCUUGCAGAAUAUGGAAUAGGUGGCGAGCCAACAACAUAUGGGGAUGUGUAUAGCUUUGGAAUAAUUUUGUUGGAGAUUAUCACAGGACGGAGACCAAUUGAUGAAGUGAUAACAUAUUUUUUGAAUCUAAAAAACUAUGUUAGGACUAAGCUACCUGGGCAGGUAAUUCAGGUUCUAGAUCACAAACUUAUUGCAACAGGAGACGUCGGAGCAGAAGAAAUUGUUGAAGACAAUGAGAGUGAUGAUGGUCAAACAGAGAUCCAAGAAUGUAAUUUCAAGAUUGAAAAUUUAAGACUGGAGGGAUGCGAUGUGCAAAAAUGGAUUGUAUCAGUCCUCAAAAUAGGACUCGCAUGCUCGGUAGAACUACCAGGAGAUCGAAUGAAUAUGACCGAUGUCACAAGAAAAUUAAACAUUAUUACAGAGGCCUUUCUUCGUGCAAGGACUCACACAGAACGGCAAAUUCCAAAAGACUACUUUGAUCAUUUGGAUAUUGCAGAGGAAUAA